ACAGCUUGUUAUUUGGUGGAUUGUGGCAGUAAAUCGGGGCGAGUGGGGAACCCGGCGCAGGAACUGCCGCUGCGGCCGGGAGCGGUGCUGCCCGGAAGGGGGACCACGGCGGCCGGCGGGGCGGCGGACUGGAGGGCUGACAGCGCUCUGCACCCGCAGGAGCUUGGCUCUAGUGCCCGGGGACGAGAACUCCUGGAAGCUGGAACCCCACAGGUCACCAGUCAAGAUGAAGGCGGCGGAUGAGCCUGCCUACCUCACAGUGGGAACUGAUGUCAGUGCCAAGUACCGAGGAGCCUUCUGUGAGGCAAAGAUCAAGACCGUGAAAAGGCUGGUGAAAGUUAAGGUACUUCUGAAACAGGAUAACACAACACAGUUGGUGCAAGAUGAUCAAGUAAAGGGCCCUUUAAGAGUUGGAGCUAUUGUUGAAACAAGGACAUCUGAUGGCUCCUUCCAGGAGGCUAUUAUCAGCAAGUUGACGGACGCUAGCUGGUAUACUGUGGUGUUUGAUGAUGGCGAUGAGAAAACUCUGAGGCGGACCUCACUUUGCCUGAAAGGGGAGAGACAUUUUGCCGAGAGUGAGACCCUUGACCAGCUUCCCUUAACAAACCCAGAACACUUUGGAACGCCAGUCAUUGCAAAGAAGACAAACAGAGGGAGGAGGUCUUCACUUCCUAUUACUGAAGACGAGAAGGAAGAAGAAAGCAGCGAGGAGGAGGACGAGGACAAGCGGCGUCUGAACGACGACCUGUUGGGGAAAGUUGUGAGCAUGCCGUCCACGGCGGAGAGCUGCGAAUGCUGCCCUGCUCUGGUCAUCUCUCCCAGCUGCAAUGAUGACGUCACAGUGAAAAAGGAUCAGUGUUUAGUUCGCUCAUUUAUUGAUUCUAAAUUUUACUCUAUAGCAAGAAAGGACAUUAAGGAGCUAGACAUCCUCAGUCUGCCAGAAUCUGAGCUCUGCGCGAAGCCAGGGCUGCGCAGAGCAAGCGUCUUCCUAAAAGCUAGAAUCGUUCCUGAUAAUUGGAAAAUGGAUAUAAGUGAAAUCCUUGAGUCAUCCAGCAGUGAUGAUGAGGAGUGCCCAGCUGAGGAAAAUGAAGAGGAGAAGGAAAAGGAGGCCAAAAAGGAGGAAGAAGAGCUGCCCGAGGAAGAGCCUGAUCCUGAAGAGAGGGACAACUUCCUCCAACAGCUUUAUAAGUUUAUGGAAGACAGAGGCACUCCCAUCAACAAACCACCUGUUUUGGGCUAUAAAGACCUCAAUCUCUUCAAGCUCUUCAGACUGGUCUACCAUCAGGGGGGAUGUGACAGCAUUGACAGUGGUGCUGUGUGGAAGCAAAUUUAUAUGGACCUUGGCAUUCCAAUUUUGAAUUCAGCUGCUUCCUACAAUGUAAAAACUGCUUAUAGAAAGUAUCUCUAUGGUUUUGAGGAGUACUGCCGCUCUGCAAAUAUUCAGUUCAGAACUAUUCACCACCAUGAACCAAAAGUAAAAGUGGAAAAAAAAGACUUCGAAGAAUCAAUGGAAGAGGCUCUAAAAGUGGACCAGGAAAUGCCUUUAAUGGAAGUGAAGAGUGAGCCUGAGGAGAAUACUGAUUCAAACAGUGAAAGUGACAGAGAAGACGUAGAACUAAAGUCUCCAAGAGGGCGAAGGAAAAUUGUUCGAGAUGCAAAUUCUAUUAAAAAGGAAAUAGAAGAAGAGAAAAUAGAAGACCAAUUCGUCAAAGAUGACAUAGAAAAUAAGGAUGUCGGUGAUGACUAUGAAACAGCAGAGAAGAAAGAAAAUGAGCUGCUACUUGGGAGAAAAAGUACACCAAAGCACAAAGAGAAGAAAAUUAAAAAGCAAGAGGAUUCUGAGAAAGAGUCAGAUGAAGAGGAAGAGAAGAGCCAAGAGAGGGAAGAAACUGAGAGCAAAUGUGACUCGGAAGGGGAGGAAGAUGAAGACAGCACAGAGCCUUGCCUGACAGGAACCAAAGUGAAAGUGAAGUAUGGACGAGGAAAAACUCAGAAAAUUUAUGAAGCCAGCAUUAAAGGCACCGAGAUGGAUGACGGGGAGGUUCUGUACCUGGUGCAUUAUUAUGGAUGGAAUGUCAGAUACGAUGAAUGGGUCAAGGCUGACAGGAUAAUCUGGCCCUUGGACAAAGGCGGACCAAAGAAAAAACAAAAGAAAAAAGUUAAGAAUAAAGAAGAUAGUGAAAAGGACGAAAAGAGGGAUGAAGAGAGGCAGAAGUCCAAACGAGGAAGACCUCCUUUAAAAUCCGCCUUUCCGUCAAGCAUGCCAUACAGUUUGUCUAAGACGUCAAACAGUGAGGGGAAAUCAGACUCUUGUUCGUCAGAGAGUGAAACAGAAGACCCUUUGGAGAAGAGCUCGAUAAGUGAAGAACUUUCUCCUGAUAUUAAAGAAGAAUUGGAAAAAAGUGAAAAUUUAAAUGAUGAUAAACUAGAUGAAGAAAACCCAAAGAUUGUACAUAUAUUAAAAGAAAACGACAGGACUCAGAUGCUGCCCUUGGAGUCCCUGCAGGCAGAGGGGGAAGACAGUGAUCAAACAGGACACGUCUUUGGAAACAGAGUGGAUCAAGCGGAAGAAGCUAAGAGACAGGUGGAAAAGUCUCCUAAAGGAAAGGGAAGGCGGAGCAAGACAAGAGAGCUUUCUUUAGAAAUGAUGAAGGCAUCAUCGUUCAGCCUGGAAGAGGCAGGCGGCGAAGCACAUGGGGACCCUCACAGCCUGGAGUUUUCUUCACUAGACUGUAAAAGCUUUUCUUCUACUGAAGAUGAAGUCGACCAAUACGAGAAAGAAAAGAAGCUGAAACGGAAAAUACUGGGACAGCCAUCACCAGAGAAGAAAAUAAAACUUGAGAAUGGAAUGGAAGCGACAGCAGGCACAGCCCAAGAAAGGACCAACGAUGGCGUCGGAGCUGAGGGCACCAGAGGCUCACACUUGGAGCAGCACUUUGAACACGAAGGGAUGCCGUCUCUGAGAGCAGAACCAGACCAGGACAUCCGAGAACUAACCAGUGAACAGGUGGACAGUCCAGCUGAAGAACCCGUCCACACGCCACUCAAAGAGGAGGACGUGAUGCCUUUGAUCGGGCCUGAAACCUUGGUUUGCCAUGAGGUAGACUUGGAUGAUUUGGAUGAGAAGGAUAAGACCAGUAUUGAGGAUGUGGUAGUUGAAGGCUCCGAGUCUAACUCUCUGGUUUCUGUUCCGCCUGCCCUACCUCCUGUAGCACAGCAUAACUUUUCAGUAGCUUCCCCACUUACUCUCAGCCAAGAUGAGUCCCGAAGUGUAAAGAGUGAGAGCGAUAUAACCAUUGAAGUUGAUAGCAUUGCCGAAGAAUCUCAAGAAGGCCUCUGUGAGAGGGAAGCAGCAAACGGGUUUGAAGCCAGCGUUGCCCCUGGUACCUGUAGUAUAAUUGUACAAGAGAGAGAGAGCAGAGAGAAGGGUCAGAAAAGGCCAAGCGAUGGAAAUGGUGGAUUAAUGGCAAAAAAGCAAAAGCGAACCCCAAAGCGAACAAGUGCUGCAGCCAAAAGUGAAAAGAAUGGAGCAGGACAGAGCAGUGACAGUGAGGAUCUCCCUGCCAUCGACAGCUCCAGCAAAUGCACGCCGGUGAAGCACCUUAGCCUGCCCAAGCCACAGAAGCUGCCUCGCUCUCCCGCAGGAAUCUCACCUCACAUCAAAGACGGCGAUAAAGAGAAACACAGAGAAAAGCACCCAAACUCCUCCCCCAGGACGUACAAGUGGAGCUUCCAGCUCAAUGAAUUAGAUAAUAUGAACAGUACAGAGAGAAUCUCUUUUCUCCAAGAGAAACUACAGGAAAUCAGAAAAUACUACAUGUCUUUGAAGUCUGAAGUUGCAACCAUCGACAGGAGGAGGAAAAGAUUGAAAAAGAAAGACAGAGAAGUGCCUCAUACAGGAGCCUCUCUGUCAUCGGCUUCAUCAGACACUGGAAUGAGCCCCUCUUCAUCCUCUCCCCCCCAAAAUGUACUUGCUGUAGAGUGCAGGUGAUGAACACUGUCUCCACCUUCCAGCAGUUUGCUGCCAUGGACAUAAAUUCCCAAACCCUGAAAUUCAACCACAGAAAGCACUCAGCCAGCUAAGUAUAUCCUGUAUAUUUUUCCAGGGUUGUAUCUAUACCCUCUUCUCUUCUUUUUUAUUGUUGCAAAAAAAUAAGCUUAUUAAUAAUUGAAGGUUAGGCGGCCUGCCAUACUGGUCAUAAUUUUUCCUCUAUUUUUUUUUUUCCUUUUUUGUGAUAGAGAAGAAAAGGGCACUUAGCAGAUUUGAAUUUGUGUAACGAUGCUUUCAGGUGUUCUAGGAAUCAUAGACAAGCGAGUGCACGUGACGAGCAGCGGCACAGUAGCGCUGAGCAGCUUCUGCACUCUCACGGAGCUGCCUUUGAAUACUUUCGAGUAGGGGUUUACUUUGUGUUCCUCUUUUUUUUAUUAUUAUUGUUACUGUUGAUUUUUUUUUUUAAUUUCAAUUUUUGUGGAAGCACUUGCUAUGUAGAACUGCCAAAGUAUAUGUUCAGCAGUGUGCCCAGGUUUAAAAGUGUAAAUGGGACAAAAUAAAUUGUGAAAGGAAGUGUAGUUGACUGAAAACUGCAGUUGUAAUAAGUCUUCCACUUUUUAUAGGACUUUUGAGCACACAAUUAUGCAAAUAUUUUAAUGUUUAUUAAUGUUUACAGUGGAAUUGUGAAUAAGUUUUCAGUGGACUAUCUUAUCCCUUGACAAAAAUAUUUUGUCUUUUUUCUAUGUAAUUUCAGAGUUUUUAUUUUGUUACAAAAAUACAAAAAUGAAAUAUAUAACAACAAUGAAGUUAUUUAACAAGAUUUCUAAAGCUGAAAAUUUUGUGUAAAAUAAGGUAUUAUCUUGCAACUUGUUAAAUAUAUUUAUUCAGACAUUGGAUGGUUGUAUUUUUAUGUAUUUUUUAAAAUAUUAAUAAAAUUGAAAAAAAGAAAAUUCUAGGUUAACUCACUCUUUGGAUGGCAGUAGUUCCCAGCUGUCCCUGUCGCAGGGGCUGCCUUCGCAGCCGUGUGUGCUGGAGGGAGCCUGUGUCAGCCUCCCCAGCCGAGCAGCUGCAGGCGGGCAUCUGGAUCACGCGAGUGUGUCCUUGUGGAGGAACUUUGGCAGUCCUCGUAUUUACACUUUUUUGAGGAUCAAAUUUUUGGUUGCCCUUAAGAUGCUUUGUCACAGUUUUUAUGUUUGCUGUACUGCCGAAUAAAUUUCUAUCUCCCAAAGUCGAGAUGCAACAGUUACGUAAAGCCACUAUGUAUGCCUUGUCUGUGAAUUGUUCCACAGACUGAUACAUUUGUAAAUAAUUCUUCCAAAAUCAUGUAUUUAAAGCAGUUUUGCAUAUACAUUAUGUAAAAAGGUGAUUUUUUUAAAACACUUUUUAAAUCCAUGUUUGUACAUUAAAAGGGGUUGUUCUGAAGCCUCCUCUUCUGUGUUUCAUGCUGUGGCGUGAUGAGCUGGGGGCCGCAGACUGCGGCAGGCAGAGGCGCACCUGAAAUCACUGUUUCUCAACUUCAUUUCGCCACAUUGUGAACCUGUGAUUCAGAUUUCUUCCAUUUUCUCAGAGAAUUAAAACAAAGAAGUACUCUUGUAACCCAAA